GUCUUAUCGGAAAAAUGACGAAGGAACUUUUAUUCUUCGGAGUGGAAGCACAAGUAUGAAAUGUUCUGUAAUGGUAAAAAUUUUGGUACAACUGGUUUGAAAUGUUUGGAGAGAGGGCAUUGGAACUUGUUAAGGAACUAAAGCGAUCUGUUGAUGGUUCUCUUCCUCCUUACAAUGAGGAUGGUGUGAGAAAGGUCUUAGACGAAAUGGGUGGGUUGUUUGAACAGAACCAAAAGGAUGUUAAUGCCACAGUUGCUGGCGAGGGUGGUCAUGUUAAGAGCAUACACAUGCGACAUGUAAGCCUGGAACGAAAUAAACGAUGUCUUUUAGCCUACGUUUACAACAGAAUGGAAAUACGUGAUAUGCGAUGGGAUUUUGGCAGCGUCUUGCCAGAUGAUGUUAAGAAUAGUUUAAAUGAAGAGGAACUGAACUGGUUUGGGCGAUAUAAUCGAAAUUUAGCCAAGUAUAUGAGGUCUGUUGGUAUUGAUCUUACUCUGGAUAGCAAACCACCAAAGUCUCUGUAUAUUGAAGUUCGAUGCUUGGAAGAUUAUGGUGAAUUAGAGAUGGAAGAUGGAAGUGUAGUUUUGCUGAAGAAAAACUCUCAGCAUUUGCUUCAGAGAGCUGAUUGUGAACAUUUAAUAAGACAAGGAGUAUUGGAACAUAUUUUGAUUAUAAAAUUAGAGAGGACCUGCUGUGGCCUCGGAUGUUGCUGUUGUGACCUCAUUGUUGGCUUCAGAUGA